AUGAACCGCUUCACCGCUCGCGUUUUGCUUGCCCAAGCUACUCCAAUGUCCUGCAGACUGGCGUUUCCAGUCAUCACCGGCGUGAGACCGGGCCGAUUUUACAGCGAUGUUUCUUCCCCUAAGGCGGCGGAGCAGGCUAGCGCUGAAAGCGGCGGUUCUCGCAGCAAGGAAGCCAUCGAGCAGGAUGCCGUCCAGAAAGGCGAGCGCGAAGGCUCGUCUGGAGCCGGCUUUGUCCCCGACCAACUCGCCCAAGGUGGCGCUAAGGGCCGCACCGGUGGAGGAGAACCGUUGGAGAGCUCCCACCAUCCCCCGGCCCAACCAAAGAUCAGCAACUCCAGCGUUCCUGGCAACAAGCCCAACCUGACCAAAGAGCAACAAGAAGAGGUCGAUGCUCACAACGCCGAGUUUGAGAAGAAGCACGGCCGAGCGGCCAAGGCCAAUGAUGACAAGGUCAACAAGGCGUUCUGGAGUGGCAGAGGUGAUCGCAAUAUCAAGGGGGCUGCGGAGGAGUAG